CCUACUACAGUCACUGCUGCUGACAAGUUCCUGCUCCCACCACAUCUAUUGUCUUGAGUUUGGGGGAUCCAAAGCCCACCCGCCGUAAAGAUGGGGAGCUACACAUUUACAUGGCCGUACAGUGCGAACGAAGUGUUUGUCACCGGCACGUUUGAUGAUUGGGGCAAGACAGUCAAAUUGGAUCGCGUAGGCGAUGUCUUUGAGAAGGAAGUUCCGUUGCCAGUGACGGAUGAAAAGGUGCACUACAAGUCGCGGACGGGCGUGGUUUCCCCCUCUCAUGUUUCCCUACUCUCUUCCCCCCCAAAACUAUAAGACUCCCUUGUCAGCGUCAUCGUUGCAUUGGUUCCACAAACUAACAAUUGUUUUUUCUAUGGUUCAUAGUUCGUCGUUGACGGCAUCUGGACCACCGAUAACAG